UGUCAGCCUGCGCGGUCCGAGCGCACCGAGUGGGAGGCGACAACCUACACCGCCAGUGUUUCACGGUGACUCCAUCAGAGCUGUUAGCUGUUUGUUGUGUCACAAGGAAGACAUCAAGAAGGAAGCCGCAGGGGAAAAUGGAAAACGAAUACAGGAGGAAGAUGAAGGAGAAACUUGGCCUGAGGCGAGACAUCUUUAAGGAGUUCCUGGCGGAGUUUCUGGGGAUAUUUUUCCUGAUACUUUUUGGAUGCGGUUCGGUGGCCCAGAUGGUCCUGAGCAGAGCAGGUCUCGGUGACAUACUGAGUGUCCACAUUGGUUUCACUCUUGGAGUCAUGAUGGCCGUCUAUAUUGCAGGGGGAGUGUCAGGAGCCCAUGUGAACCCGGCAGUCUCUCUGGCCAUGCUGAUCCUGGGGAAGCUGCCUCUAAAGAAGUUCCCCAUAUACGUGGCAGCACAGUUCCUGGGGGCUUUUGCUGGAUCAUGUGCCGUCUAUGGAUUGUAUUAUGAUGCUUUGAUGGACUUUACCAAAGGAGAAUUUAUUGUUACAGGUGAAAAUGCCACAGCCACCAUAUUUGCAAGUUAUCCUUCAAAACAUCUGUCUGUCCUAAACGGGCUUGGUGAUCAGGUAAUUGCAACCGCUGCACUGGUCAUAUGUAUCCUGGCUAUCACUGACAGGAAGAAUAUUGGCGCUCCAAAGGGCAUGGAGCCUCUGUGCAUUGGCCUGAUCAUCGCAGGCAUUGGAGUGUCCAUGAGUCUGAACUGUGGCUAUCCAAUCAACCCGGCUCGAGACCUUGGCCCCCGUUUCUUCACGGCUUUGGCUGGAUGGGGCAUGGAAGUUUUCAGAGCUGGAGGCUGCUGGUGGUGGAUUCCUGUGGUAGGGCCCAUGGUGGGUGGCGCAGUUGGAGCAGGUGUUUACCUAAUCUUCAUUGAGCUGCACCACCCUGAACCUGAAAAACAAGAGGAGAACAAUGUCCAGGACAAAUAUGAGAUCGUAACUAUGACUUAAUACAAAAAAAACAGGUGUUAGCAUGAAAACUGAAAUCUAUUUCUACUAUAAAAAAUAUCUGAGUAUAUUUACAGUGAAUAGUUGCAUGAAGCAUGUACGUGAAUGGAAAAUUUUAUAGUCAUUUAUUUAUAUACACAUGAAUAUUUUAUGAAGCCUUUAAAGUCUCCUUUUUUAAAAAGUCUAUACGACUUCAGGUAUCAGGGUUUAUCUUCCAGGGGCUCUUUUAUAUUUUAUAAAUUUGACUAAAAUAAUAUAUCAACUAUACAAAAAAUAUAUUCUCUUUAGUAUCAUAAUAAUAUAACCUUAUAUAAAGUGUUUUUUCUGCAUUAAUCAGUAGCUAUGCAGUAUUUUUAAUCUCCUAUUUCCUAACUGGGACCAUCUUCUCCUGUUAGAAAUAUUUGCCAAGUUUCUGAACAUUUAUUGUUUUUUUAUGUGCUUCUGUCAAACAAGUGGGCAUUAAAUAUACAGCAUGUAUUUGAAAACUGUUGAAUGAUAGCAAUUUAUGUUUAGGUAGUGGCAUUAAUUGGUAUCGUGGAGUGUCUUCUCUCUGUGUCACACCAUCCUUUGCGUGCAUGUAAAAAUGUACGAUUGCUGCAUCUUGCUGUUGUCGUUUUGUUUUUUUAACGUGUAUAUGUAGAAAGUCGAGCCUUAAAAUGACGAUACUGGUAUAAGUUUAUAUUUUAAUUUAUGUAUGCUCGCAUAAACUUUUCUUCUCUGCAAAGAAUGUAGCACAUGUCACUCAAUUCCUUCAUGUUCUUUGUAGCGGUAGUGUCACUGUAUCACAGGCAGUAUGCAAACACUGACUGUAACUGUUUACAUUAAAACCUUCUCACAGCUAAUGUGAGAAAUGUGUAAUAAAGGCUGAAAAUUCCCUCCAAAGCACACAA